AUGAUCAACAAUAUACAUAUCAUUAUAUCAUCUAUUAUAUUGAUUUUUAUAAGAGUAUGCACAUCACAACAAUCAAUUCUUUCAAAACCAGAAUUGGAUAGUGCAAUCUUUGUAAUUCAACAAUUUGGAAUACCAUCAAUACCACAAGAUCAAUCACUUUGUAAUUAUGGAUCAUCUCCUAUUUUUAAAUGUAGUAAUAGUGGUACUGGAGGAAGUUAUCAUAUUGAUUCAAUAACAAUAUCAGGAAUAACAUUUACAAAUGUUGGAAACCCAAAUACAUCAAUACAAUUGGACUUUCCACAAAUCAAUUCAAUCUAUUUAUCGCAUACGUCUGUUAGAAAUAAUAGUAUUAAUUUUUUAGAUUAUGUAAAAAAUCUAUCAUCUUUGGUCACAUUUUAUACAAGUGCAAUUUCAUUGGUUAAUGUACCAGAUGAUUUCUUAUCAAUGUUGCCAAAUAUGAGAAAUUUAGUAUUACAUCGAAUAUCAAACAAUAUACCAAAAGGUUUAUUCAAUCAUACUGGUUUGACUCAACUUUCAUUGGGUGCGGUUUAUUUGACAACGGCUGGUGUAAAUGAAUCGACGGUCAACCUUCCAUCAUUGGCAUCAUUGUCACUCAAUUUUUCACCAAGAGCACCUGAAACGAUUUCAAUUACACCAGAGACAAUGCCAAAUCUCAAAUACCUUAGUAUAAACAGUGGAACAUCGAGCAAGACAACAGUUAAAUUGAACUCUACGACUGUUUUUGGACUGUUUUUGACUGGUGGCAGAGACAAACAUUUUGAUGUACAAAUAGUUCAUCCAGAGGUAUUGGGUGAUAUCUAUUUAUCAGGGGCAUUGACUAGUUGGACACCAAAAGAUAUGAAAUAUUAUCCAAAUUUAGUUUCUCUCAAUUUCCAAGGAGUAGAUUUUUCAGAAUAUCCAAUCACCAAAUCCUACCCUCCAAACCUAGCCACCUUUUCCAUUGUCUAUUCAAAUUUAACAACUAUUCCAAAUAUCCCUUUACCUCUUACUAUUUCGAUAUUUCAAGCAUUUACAAAUAAUUUUACAAGUUUUCCAUGGGAUAUUUUUAAUAAUGUAAAAACAUCAAAUCCAAUUGUAUUAAGCGAGAAUGUUAAUCUAAUUGGAACAGUUCCAGAGUCAAUGUGUAGAUUUAAAUUAAAAAUUCAAAAUACCUCUAUUACAAGUGUCCCAUCAUGUUUUUGGUGUUAUCAAGCUUUGGAUCAAGUCUUUUUAACUAGUCUUGAAAGACCUCCCAAUUUCAUUUGUCCAGUUACAUUUGAUAAUCAAGUCAUUGCCACUCGAGCUGGACAAGCUUUGGUGUAUGGAUCCAAUUUGGGUUGGGGUUUUAAAACCAGUGAAUACACUCUUACUCCCAUCACACCCAACUCGGUACUACAAAUCCAAAUUCAAAACUUUGGAUCCUAUUAUCUAUCACAACCAAAGGCUUUAUCAUUAAACCUUUCAAACAAUGCCCAAACAUCAUAUAAUAUCAAUGUAAUAGAAGCUGGUAUAGUUGUAUCACCUAGUAAUAACAAUUUCACCUACACCCAACAACCAUCACAUUUACAAUUGCGAUUUUUAUUUUCAAGUCUAAAUCCAAAUCUCAAACAUCAAGUACAAUUAAACUAUUCUCUGUCUUGUACCACCAUUUUACUCGCUUCAUACUCUAUUACUUGUAAUAGUAUUAUACCAGAACCAGAAUAUCCAACGGUUACAUCUGGAAUUGUAAAUAAUAAUAAUAAUGAUAGAUCAAAGUUGAUUAGUUUAUAUGGUUAUUAUGGUAAUUUAAAUCAAACCAACCCUUCUGUAUUGAUUAAUAAUACAUUGAUAUGUAAUAUUGGAUUUAUAAAUGAUAGAUUAAUUAAUUGUACCAUCGAAACAAUUAAUCAAAACUAUGGACCAGCUUCUGUCAAAGUUCAAAUCGAUAAUCUUCAAUAUUUUAAAAAUGAUGUACUUUAUUUUUAUCCUCCCAACAAUAAUAAUAAUAAUAAUAAUACAGAUCAACUUUUAAAACAAUGUCAAGAAACAACUUUGAAUUGUUUUGGUAAUGGUCAAUGUAAUGAAUUUGGUAAAUGUGAUUGUAUUGAAAACUAUAAUCCAAUUGAUAAUUGUUUAACAAAAUAUUUCAAUUCAAGUGUAAAUACUACAACAGAUCCAUUAAAACCAACAACUUCAUUUGAUAUUAAUGGUGUUGAUUUCCAAUUUGAAAUUGUAUCAAUUCAAGAAUUAAAUGAAAAUGAUCAAGUUGCAAAACAAUUAAUAGUAGACAAAUGGAGUUCAACGAUUACAACAAUCAAUUCAACAACCAUUGCAAAUUAUUAUUUAAUUGUAAAUCAAAGCGAGGUUACAAUGCCAUUAUUAAAUGUAUCUGCUGUUAUAUCAUAUUCACCUCUUGCAAGAACAACGAUGUUUGGGGGAAAUGAAAUCGAAAUGAAUCCAAAUUCAAUCAAACUAUCAAUUGAAAUUAAUAAUUGGGAAUUUAGUAGUAACAUCAAUUCACUUAGAGUAUUAUUUAAAACCAAUCUUCCAAACGAUCAAAGUAUUGAAAUAUGUCAACAAGCAAGUGAUGAAAUCAAAACAAUAUCAUAUGACCUAUCAUCAAGUAGUAUUCAAUAUCUAAGAGUAUUAAAAGAUGGAAUUCAAUUUACAGGUAGAUUCUUGGAUUAUAUUGUAUCUGAUGGUAGAAACACCUAUUCAAGAACACAAUUGGUAUCAUUGACUCCAUCAGAACAAUCACCAACAACAGAGUCCGUUGCAUUGAUUGGUAUUUUAUUACCACAAUGUCAAUCAUGUAUUAUUGAUCCUGAUUUUACACCUCUGUUGGUUGAUACCAGUCAAAGUCAAUGUGGAGACAACCCAUCAAAUAAUAACACAUGGAAGAUUAUUGUUGGUGUAACAAUUGGUGGAGUUGUAUUGAUUGUUACCAUUGUAGGUGCCAUCCUCUAUGCUAAAAAGUAUACUAAUCUAAAAUAUUCAAACUCUGUAAAAAUACAAAAUAAAUAA